GCAAUAACCAGCAUUCUUUACUAAGUACCUUAUUCACUUAUAAACAAAUUUUGUGUAAGAUGUGGGUUAUUGAUACAAAAUGCCUAUACAUUGAUACCUGUGGAAAUUGACAGAUAAAUAAAUAAAUAAACAAAAAUGCCUGCAGAGCACUAGGAGUAUUUAAGUUUCCCAAUCUUUAUAUUGCUGUAUUUCUCUAGGCACAUUAUAUGUGGCAUUCUGUCACCCAAACAAAUGCAAAACAAAUAAGAGAGGUUAUGAUUUGUGUGCACUAAAAUUACCAGAAAAUACAUUUGUCUUUAAAAAUUAACUGAAUGUAUAUAUCUAUAUAUCAGCAUGUUUUCUACAUGCAACAGGAUAUGAUCUAAUUUGCUACCUUUCUAUCUCUGCCAAUAUUUAUACCAUUAAAAUUUUAUAUUAUGUAUGCAAUAUAGGAUUAUAUUUUAAUGUGUAAACUUUUUUUUUCUGCUUGCCAUAUCCUCUUAGCAAUUGUAAUACCUCAGCUUUAUCAUUCGUCUACCAGAAAUACAGUUGACAUUCACAUUGUCCAAAUUCAUCUUUCUGAUCUGUAAUUCAAUGUUAUAUCACUUUGCCUGGCAUUGAAUCUUUUUUAAUACACAUUUUUAUCUAAACUUCCAUGUUUUUAGGCAGAAUUAAAUGAACAGUAUCUUUCACGUUGGCCCAAAGUACAUUUUGACAAAUAGUCUUCUUGAGUCUAGAAUCUUGCACUUGACUAAUAUGAUUAAAUUCCAAAUUAUUCUGGGAGGGUUAAAAACUUAAAACAAACAAACAAACAAACAAAAAACCACAUUGAGUCAGUGUCAGUGUUAUAAAUCAAGUUAAUGUGCAACAUUAUUUUCGAGUUGAAAUUUUAAGGAUUUAAGAUAUUUAUAACAUUAUUUUGAGGGCACUAAAGUAACUUUAAAUUUUAAGUCUUCCAUGUGUCUUUAAAAUGAACACAUUUAAUUGCUUUUAUAACAAUAAUAUUUAUUGUAUCUUAUGUUUAUGUAAUACGUUUUAUUUUAUAUAGCAAAUUUCUAUGCAUUGUUUCAUCUGAUCCCUAUAUCUAUUAUUAUUAUUUUGCUGUAUGUAGCAUUACCAUUCUCAGUCCAUACAUAAAAGAUGUUAAGUUACCAGAGUUUUUACAGAUAGUAAGUGGUGGAGCAAGAACUGGAGCCUAAAUCAUUUCAACCCUAGUCUAGAACUCUUGCUCCCAUGUCACGUGCUAGCUUGCUACUCAAAGUAAUCAAAUAAACUGACUAUCAUAAAAGUCGGAACUUGGGAGGAAAUAUGAACAUAUGAAAGUGUAUUUUCAUAUAUUAUCAACUUUUUGAACUCUCAUUGAGGCCAUUGAGUAAAAAUAAUUUUCUGUCAUUGGAAAUGCAGAGGGAAUGCAACAAGUAUUUGCCCUGAAUCCAUUAUUCAGAAAUAAAUGAAAUAACAUAAAGGCAGGCAAGCGCACUGUUGGUGGCUUUCCUUUCCCUAAAGUUGGGGUGGUUGAAGUGAAUUUCCUUUCUCUUUCUCCAGGUGCUUGUUCUGUUUGCAUGCUGAGCUGCACAGCUUUCAAAGGGCUUGCCCUGGGAUAUGGCUGGGCUAGAUUUAGAAGGAACUGGUCACUGAAUAGCUCUGGUAAUUCUUGCAUCUCACAGUUAUGCGGUUGACAGCUCUUUUCAGUGGGGAAAGCUUGGGUAUAUUUCAAGGUGAUUGUAGUUUUGUCCCUCUGGCAGUACGCUGCUGCAACCGGCUUAGCCCAUUAUCCUCCUCUCCCACUGGAUUUAAGCCUAGGGAGAAAUCUGGGGCUUUUGUCAGGUAGAAGGUAAGAGAUGGAUAAUUAUACCCCGUGUGUGCUCAAAGAGAAAAGCACUAUAUCAUAGAGUAGCUUUCAAUUACUGAAAUGGAAUUGUCUGAAGUUCCAGUGACUUAUAAAUUACUCUUUGUAAAAACCAAUAGUUAACAUUAUUAUGUUAGUGAUGAUGUGCUUUUAAUAUCUCAUACUUUAAGGUUUAUUACACAAAACUUUGCAGAUAGCGCUUAAUACUCAGAGAAUAAAAUGUAUUUACAUUUUUGUGUUUUUAUUAGAAGAUUUAAAAACACAAAUGGCUGCUCUGAAAAAAUUGACUAAAAACUUCACUGUACAAUUGACUAUAUUAUAAUUUUUCUCAAUUUGAGUUUCUUAAAUCUCAGGGGCUAGUACUGUAAAAUCAAUGCAAAGUAAUUACAAAAUUUAAAAUUCCAGAUGCUAUGAUUACAUACAUCUUGUCCUUUAAUAUCCAUUCUGUCAAAUACCUUUUGUAAACACUGUUACUUAACAAAACACAUUUGAAAAAUAACAUUUUCACUAAUUCUGAUAAAUUAAUUAGGUAAAUCAGUCUUAGCAUAUUUAUAGGGCAGUAUUUUCAGUUUGUGAUCCCCCAGGAGCUCAACAUUACUUUCACUCUCCUUUUAAAGGCAGAAAUUAUAGUCAGAAAUGAGCAUUUUAAUUUGCAGCUGACAGUUUAGGGUUAAGAUAUGAUUCCAGGUAACAGAAGCCAAUGAGAGUACACCCAGUUGAUGUUUGUGACAUCAUCUUCCAGUCGGAGUACAUAGAACAGCUGAGGUGGCGUUCAGUUUCAGCACAGUGCCAUUAUGAUGGAUGUUUACAUCUCUUCAUUGAGAGCCAAUUAUCUCGCUUUUGUGUGAGGCCCAAAGAUCUCUCAUGCUGCCAGGCUGCACAGAGCACUGUUGGAUCUAGCUGAACGAAUUGUUUUCUCUGUCUCUGGGUAUCAACGGUUUCUGUACAGCACAGAUUAUGACAGCUUCUUCCUUAAGACUAUCAUUUGGAGCACUGGCUCAGCAGUCUAAAUCGCCAAGGGCUCAUCCAUCAAUCAACCAGAAGUGAAGACAAUAGCUUCAAAGAAGAGAAUGUUUAAAUUUCAUCAAAUGAAACAUAUUUUUGAAAUACUUGAUAAAAUGAGAUGCCUGCGAAAACGUUCCACAGUGUCAUUCUUGGGAGUUCUUGUCAUUUUUCUCCUUUUUAUGAACUUGUACAUUGAAGAUAGCUAUGUUCUGGAAGGAGACAAACAACUUAUAAGGGAAACAUCCACACAUCAACUGAAUUCAGAACGCUAUGUUCAUACUUUUAAGGAUUUGUCUAAUUUCUCAGGAGCCAUAAAUGUCACCUAUCGCUACCUAGCUGCCACACCUUUACAAAGAAAGCGGUAUCUUACAAUUGGACUUUCUUCAGUAAAGCGAAAAAAAGGAAACUACUUACUUGAGACAAUUAAGUCAAUUUUUGAGCAGUCCAGUUACGAAGAACUGAAAGAAAUUUCAGUGGUGGUUCAUCUAGCAGACUUUAAUUCUUCCUGGCGUGAUGCCAUGGUCCAGGAUAUUACACAGAAAUUUGCGCACCAUAUUAUUGCAGGAAGAUUAAUGGUUAUACAUGCCCCAGAGGAGUAUUACCCAAUCCUGGAUGGCCUUAAAAGAAAUUACAAUGAUCCAGAAGAUAGAGUCAAAUUUCGUUCAAAGCAAAACGUAGAUUAUGCUUUUCUGCUUAAUUUUUGUGCCAAUACUUCUGACUAUUAUGUAAUGCUUGAAGAUGAUGUUCGGUGUUCAAAAAAUUUCUUAACUGCCAUCAAGAAAGUCAUUGCAUCCCUAGAAGGAACUUACUGGGUAACUCUUGAAUUCUCUAAGCUUGGCUACAUUGGUAAACUGUAUCAUUCUCAUGAUCUCCCACGUUUGGCACAUUUUUUAUUAAUGUUUUAUCAAGAAAUGCCUUGUGAUUGGCUAUUGACUCAUUUCCGGGGUCUCUUGGCUCAGAAAAAUGUGAUCCGUUUUAAACCAUCUCUCUUUCAGCACAUGGGCUAUUAUUCAUCAUACAAAGGGACAGAGAAUAAGCUAAAGGAUGAUGAUUUUGAAGAGGAGUCAUUUGACAUUCCUGAUAACCCCCCUGCAAGUCUGUACACCAACAUGAAUGUGUUUGAAAAUUAUGAAGCAAGCAAGGCUUACAGUAGUGUUGACGAGUACUUUUGGGGGAAACCACCUUCAACAGGAGAUGUUUUUGUGAUUGUAUUUGAAAAUCCAAUUAUAAUUAAAAAAAUUAAAGUAAAUACUGGAACAGAAGAUCGACAAAAUGAUAUUUUGCAUCAUGGAGCACUAGAUGUUGGGGAAAACGUUAUGCCUAGCAAACGAAGGAGACAAUGUUCUACCUACUUAAGACUAGGAGAAUUCAAAAAUGGAAACUUUGAAAUGUCAGGUGUGAAUCAAAAAAUUCCAUUUGAUAUACAUUGUAUGAGGAUAUAUGUCACCAAAACACAAAAGGAAUGGCUAAUUAUUAGGAGUAUUAGCAUUUGGACUUCUUAGCCAAUUAAAUCAGUAUGUUCAGUUUCUGAAACAGGUCUUCCUGUUUCCUCUUUUGCUACCGUUGUCAUUUGGAGGGAAAGCAAUGGAUGGGAUAUGUUAAAAGAAACAUUAAUUACAUUGGUAGUUUUCAUUUAUACACUGUUGACAUAAUUUUACUCUUAAUACACACUUGUAUUUAUUUUAACGUCUGAAGUUGAAUAUAAGUCUAUAGCUAAUGCUAUUUUCCUUUAUAUUUUUAAAUGCUCUUAGUUUUUAAAUUUCAACUGAUUGUCAAAAGGGUAAUAUGAAAAAUUUUAAAUCAACAAAUUAGCUUGUUGGUUGAUGGUUUUUGAAAAUUAGUCAUCAACUGUAUAUACUUCCUCAAGAAUCGAUAAUUCAUUAUAUCAUCAGAUAGCUUUUAUUAAGCAUCUGUGGGAAUAUACAGUUGGGUGGAAUGAUAAUUUUUUUGUGUGUGUGUAAACUUAGGUUUCCAUUGACUUCUGUACAUCUACAAUGAAUACCUCCUCAUAGAAGUGGUGUCUUUACAACAUAUUUUUUGUGUUAAGUGAGGCUAUGGAAAAAGAAAAAAAAAGACUUAAAAAUAUAUCUCCCCUGAUUAUUUAUAUGAAAGGGGACAUUGUUCAUUGUUUAAAAAUAUUUAAUUGAGCACCUAUUGUUGAUAAAUUUUCUGGGGGAAGCUGUCUUUUUCUAGUUUCCCUUUUGCAAAAAAAGAGAAAAGAAUAGUUAAGCUCAAUAUUUUCAGGUUACAUUAAGUACCCACAUUUAAUAGAAUAAAUUAGGGAAGGCCUAUAGUAGUUAGCUCAUUCGUACAGACAUUUUCAGUAUAUGCAGAAAAUUUUGGGAAAUUGAUUUUAUACAUUUUGUAUUAAAAUCCAUGUGAUUGAAAUUAUUGCGAUUUAUCAUAUACUUUUUUUGGAAUUUAAAUGGGUAUAUUAUAAAGGACCAUAGAAAGUAAUUGACUUUUCUGGAAUCAAAGAUCUAUUUCCUAGCAAGGCCAGAAAGAGAGAUCUGAUAUUCUGAUAACCAGACAAUGCUCUUUUUCUCGUAUGAUUUCUCCUGACACAGUUUAUGCUUUCUGUGUUGUAUUUGCUAUGUGACUCUCAGAUAAUAAGUUAUACCAUCUGGAAAUAGGUGGUACAAUUCUUGCAUAAAUAAUAUUAUCCUAAAUAAUGUCCUAAAUGAUACUUUUUUGGUAUAUGUACCCAAAUAGUAAGCAAACUUGACUAAACUUUUCCUAAUAGGGAUUGGAGAGUGUGUCUUUAUAAUGUGUCCAUUAAAGUAAUUCAGGACACCUUAGUGUGUCCUAAAGACAUUGGUUUUCAGAAUGUCCUGAGCUUGUUUCAUCCUUUUUGUUUUG